UUUUCCUAGCAGACUACUCUUUUAACUUGGGGUUAUUCGUGAUUUGAUUGAUUACCUAACAUCAAAUCGUUUAAUUUUAACGGAAAAUGCCACACUUAAAAAUCACGACCAAUGUUUCAAAAAGUUCAAUCCCAAGUAAUUUUUUAAAAGAGACUUCUGCAUUGAUUGCUAAAAUGCUGGGUAAACCUGAAAGUUACUGUGUAGUGACAGUUGUUCCAGACCAGAUGAUGAUUUGGGGAGGAGAAGAGGGACCAUGUGCCAUUGCUCAUCUAAUGAGUAUUGGAAAACUUGGAGUCAAUGAAAAUAAAAGCUAUUCAAAAAUCCUUGGUGAACAUGUUGAGAAGCAUUUAGGUGUAGCUCCUAAUCACAUGUACAUUGAAUACCAAGAUGUUAAAACUGCUGAUCUUGGAUAUGAUAAAACAACCUUCCAUGAUAUUCUUGGUUGAUAGUUUAUUCACAGCUGUCAUUGAUAUCUAAUAUAAGAAAUAAAAAAUUUACCCAAAAAAAUUAU